AUGGCACUCUCGCGCCUUCGCCACCCUCUCAUCUCUCAUUCCCUUCGUAUCCUCUCUUCCACCACCAGAUCCAUUUAUCGAACUCCGAAUUCAAGGAUUUAUUCUGUUGGUGGUAAUGGGAAUCUAAGGCAUACAUCUUGGUCUGGGCUUACUGGAGUUUGUGAUAGACCCUUGAAGUCAAAGUGGAUUGGUGUCAAAUUCUUCUCGUCUUCAGACUUUCCGCAUGAAGUCCUUGGCAUGCCAGCUUUAUCUCCUACAAUGACCCAAGGUAAUAUUGCAAAAUGGAGAAAAAAAGAAGGGGAUAAGAUAGCAGUGGGUGAUAUACUAUGUGAAAUUGAAACUGAUAAAGCUACACUUGAAUUUGAAAGUCUUGAAGAAGGAUUUCUGGCUAAGAUAUUGGUACCUGAUGGUUCAAAGGACGUGCCAGUUGGACAACCGAUUGCAAUAACAGUUGAGGAGGAAAGCGACAUUCAAAAUGUCUCUGCUUCUGUGGGGGAUGAGAGCAAGGUUGAAGAGAAGAAACCAACAAAUCAGGAUGUUGCGGAUGAGGAAAGUAAACCUGAAUCAACUUCUACAAUUGAUACGUCAGAUCUUCCACCCCACGAAAUUCUCGGAAUGCCCGCUUUGUCCCCAACAAUGAACCAAGGAAACAUUGCUAAAUGGAAUAAAAAAGAAGGAGACAAGAUUGAAGUGGGUGACAUAUUAUGCGAGAUAGAGACAGACAAAGCUACUCUUGAAUUUGAAAGUCUUGAAGAAGGGUACCUAGCUAAGAUAGUUGCACCAGAAGGUACAAAAGAAGUGGCAGUCGGACAGCCUAUUGCAAUAACAGUUGAAGAUGCGGGUGAUAUUGAAGCUGUAAAGAAUUCUUUUAGCAGCAGCUCAGUAAACCAAAAGGAGAAGGCCCCCCAACCCAGCACUAAAAGUGAGGUCAAAACUCACAAAAGCAAUACCGCACGAAUCAGUCCAGCUGCAAAGUUGUUAAUCACGGAAUAUGGAUUGGAUGCAUCAACAUUGAAUGCAACUGGUCCUCAUAGCACCCUACUGAAAAGCGAUGUUCUUUCUGCAAUUAAAUCAGGAAAAUUGUCUCCAAAACCUGCUUCAUCUAAAGCAAAGGCUCCAUCAUCUCAAAGUCAUCAAGCAGCGGCUUCACAAAAGUCAAAGUCUGACUUAAAGCAGUCAGAUGCUUAUGAAGAUUUUCCUAAUAGUCAAAUUCGCAAGGUGAUUGCCAAGAGAUUAUUGGAAUCUAAAAUAAAUACACCACACUUGUAUUUAUCAUCAGAUGUUACACUGGAUCCUCUUCUUUCCCUUAGAAAGGAUCUUAUAGAGCAGUAUGACAUAAAAGUUUCAGUGAAUGACAUUAUUAUCAAAGUUGUAGCGGCUGCUCUAAAAAAUGUACCAGAAGCAAACGCAUACUGGAGUGAUGAGAAGGGUGAAAUCAUCUUAUGCGAUUCUGUUGACAUAUCAAUAGCAGUUGCCACAGAAAAGGGCUUGAUGACUCCAAUAUUAAAAAAUGCCGAUCACAAGACAAUAUCUGCCAUCUCUUCAGAGGUGAAGGAACUGGCUGCAAAAGCACGUGCAGGCAAGUUGAAGCCUCAAGAGUUCCAAGGGGGGACUUUUAGCAUUUCAAAUUUAGGAAUGUAUCCCGUGGAUAAAUUCUGUGCAAUUAUAAACCCCCCACAGGCUUGCAUUCUUGCUGUAGGGAGAGGCAACAAAGUUGUGGAACCAGUAAUUGAUGCUGAUGGAAUUGAGAAGCCAUCAGUUGCCACUAAGUUGAACUUAACAUUAUCUGCCGAUCAUCGCGUCUUUGAUGGCAAAGUUGGAGGUGCAUUUCUCUCUGCUCUGAAGUCAAACUUCAGUGAUAUAAAACGACUUCUUUUAUAA